CUCAAGAUGACAUCGAACAUUGUCAAUUGUGCAUUGCAACGUUUUGUUAUUUGUCUUCGUGUGAACAAUGUUUAAUCUAAAUAGGAUAUGCUUGGUGCAGAAUGUAUUCAUUGUCGACUUACAAUGUAUGGUAUGAUGCCGAAAUAUGAGAAGGAAUUGUAUGAAUUGAGUUGAUUGUUUGUUAAUUACAGGCGAGAGUGUUGAUACAUGCUUUAUUUGAAUGCAUCUUGCCUGACAAAACAAAAAGCAUUGUCAACAAAAAAAAUUACAAACGAGAGGCAAAUGGAUCCAAUUUCAUUUCUAUAUAGCCUCUACUGAACCUAAGUGGAUUAUAAUUUGGGAUUUUUUUUGCUACAGGAAAUAUAACUUCAUUUACAAAUCCAGAAUAAUUUAAGAAUUUGAAUAAUCUACAAUUGUUUUUGUUUACUAAAGUGGACCUACGGAUUUUAAAACAUACGAUGGAACCAUGGAAAUGAAACGGAAUAUCUGUAAUGUUUGCUUUAAAUUACUUGCAAUUACAUAUAAAUAUUGUCAUUUUACACAUCUCUAGCUAUUAUUUAUCACCAUAACGCACACCUGUGACAAUAUAAUUUGCCUUUGGAUAUCUACAAAAAUGUGUUGUCGACAUGAUCAAGACUUAAAACUUUGCUUUAUUUAGAUGAGUUUCUAGGAAUUAUUGGUCAACAGUCGAUUCAUCAGUCAAUAUCAUUUCUACGGAAGUUUUCGUGUGUUGGAGCAAACUCACUUGCAAUUUAGAUAAUUAUCACUCAUCCAAAAAAUUGAUUUAAUACAACGGGGAUGUAAACCUAUAUGGAAACUAUUCGGAAUCUAUUUCAAUUUUGAAAUUAACAUCAAUUUAACAAAACAAAAACAUAAAACAACGAGUUCUAUCGGGACUAAUAUACCAAAGAUCAAUAAUUGAAUACGCAAGAACAUUUAUAAUUGAAUUUUAGAAAACAGUUUAUUACAGUAGAGAUUUCUUUCAAUGUUGCAAUGGUCAUUAAUUUUCUAAUCCGAUGAAAUAGACCUGCGUCGUGGCAUUACAGUUUACAGAGAAGGUUUCAAAUUUAUAGGUAAAUGUCUAUUAGUUGAGCGUUUUACACAGGAUUCACAACAUAAGACGGCUUCGCAUCGAGUAAUAGGAUUCAUUGUCAUAUUGAGGUGAGCUGAAAAGUAUAAACUUUGACAAUUAAGCCAUAUUUACAAUAAGAAAUAUGCGUGCAACGAGAAUAAAGUUAAAAUACAGUUUUUUUUUCAUUAGAGGACUCUCAUUAAGAGACAAGUGAAGCUAACAAGACUUGCUCUCAAAGUAAUGUUUAAUUAUCAUGAUUCGCUUUCAAAGUAUUGUUUACUUAAUAGGAUCCACUUCCAAAGAUAAAUUUGUUUUAACAGGAUACAUUUCCCGAGACCAAUUUGUAUGAACAGGAUACACUUCCAGAGAUAAACUUGUUGAACGGAAUUCACUUAUAAAUAAAGGCAAGACAUAUAAUCUAAGAGUAGGUGAAUAAACAAGGAUGACUUCCAACGGUUAUACAGACCAUCAAAAAGUGACUAUUGUAAUAUUGGGUGCACCCGGUGUAGGAAAGUCGUCGAUAGUUAAACAAUUUGUACACCAUACGUUUACAGAGGAUUAUGAACCUUCAGAUGAUAAAUCUUUUUAUUUCCCUUCAGUAAUUAUCAACGAACACGUGUACGAUUUAAAAAUAGUGGACUGUCCUUAUAUUCCGUACUUUCCGUCUAAUUCCUUGCAAGAAUGGUCGGAUUUUCGGGGUUUCAAUCUUCGCAUUGCUACAGCUUAUGUCUUGGUCUAUGAUAUUACUUCAGAGGAAAGCUUCAGUUAUAUGAAAGCUUUAAGAGAACAAAUUCUGGAUAGCCGAGACAUGCACGAUGUUCCUUUAUUCAUUGUAGGAAACAAAUAUGACUUAGCAGACGACCGAGGAGUCUCGAGGCGGGAUGUAAUUAAUAUGGUGAAAAAGCAUCGAAAAUGUAUACAUGUUGAAUGUUCGGCUAAGUAUAACUGGCAUAUAAUAUUUUUGUUUAAAGAAUUAAUGAAAGCAAUAGAUCAUAUUGAUUAUGGUCACAAACCGACAGCAGUGCGUGUUCAGGAUGCUUUGCGUAGAAACAGGUGCUCGAUAAUGUGAGUAUUCGCGUGUACACAGACUCUUUUGCAUAUUUCAUGUUCACCAAAUGAGAUUGGCUGUUCUGUGCUAGAAUAUAAGUGAACAUUUUCGUUAUGUGCAUACAACUGCUACAUGUAAUCAAAGAAAAACUAGACACAGGUAAAAGACGUUCAUUGUUCUUCAAUAAUAAAAUAACGAAGUUAUUUUUCAUA